UUCUCUUUGUCCAUUAUGAAGAGUUGGUGUGUGAUUGCCUGGCUGAGCAGCCUGCUGCUGGGUUUAUUAAGUGCGUUCAAUUUGCCGGACCCACUGGUGGAGGUACACAAAUCGGAGGUGUUCGUAUCGCUACCAGGGAAGCUUGAGGGCAUCCAGUCUACACUCUUUCGAGCUGAGCAGCUGACUGAUAAAUGCGAGAACCACAACUAUACGUACAUAUCGCACAGCCCAUGGAAAGGAAAGAUUAAACUCCCCAAGAACAUUCCGCGGGAUGCCAAGCUUAGAUUGCAGACACUGGUGGUAAGAGAAAACAAUUCGAUAUGCAUCAAAAGCUCUGUAUACACCAUCGAUAUUAAUGGAACGGGCCACUUGGAUGCUAAACAUCCCACAGCAAUCAGGCCAGAAGUUGACUUCAAAGCUCUGAUCGAGCAUUGUAAGCCAGUGACAAUUCGCUUAAAUGAGACUGUGACAGAAUAUGCGGACCCGAAAGGGAGAACGUUUUCUAGCGGCGAGCUAAUCUUCGAGGACAACUUUAGUAAUGGUCAACGCAUCAAGGAUAAUUGGAAACACAAGGUGGUAUCGCAUUGUACUGGUGGAGUCUAUCAGGAAUAUGUGGCCUUUGUGGCUGAUCCUGAAUAUUCGUAUAUAGACCACAACAAGCUGCACAUUCAUAUAGCCAAACACGAACACAUUCCUGGCGAGAUAUUCAGACUGAAAGGAUGCACUCCCAGUAAUCCGGAUAAAGCGAGGUUGGAGUGCGGCCCACUCAAACCUUUGGGAAACAUUCCCCCUCUUAGGUCUGCCAAGAUCUAUACGGAAAGUUUCUCCUUCAAAUACGGAAGAGUUGAAAUCAGGGCCCGAAUGCCCAAAGGCGAUUGGUUAUUCCCAUGUAAAGUCUACUUUUUCAUUGCAGAUCUCGCUCUGCAGCCGAAGAAGAAAAGCGUUGCCAACAAUUUCGUAGAUCAAAUUCGGCUCUAUGCCAGGGGUAACGCUUUUCUUCAAGAUAGACAACUUAAUAGUUUCGAUGGAAGAUCGCUAUUUGGCAGUGCUCUGGUCUGGAACGCUGAGACCGAUAUGCGGCAUACAGAUUAUUGGGUUAUGAGCCCCAAUGAAGAUUCACACCAUUUCUCUCAUGACUUUCAUGAUUAUACAAUAAUUUGGAUGCCCGAUCAAAUUGUUUUCAAGGUAGAUGGUAAAUUCUUUGGAGCCAUAUCCAACUCGUCAGUUCUAUCGAGGUUCAAUGAGCAGUGCAAUCUUGUGCUGGGACUUUCUGCUGGUGGUGGGAUGAACUUUGACGAUGAUGUCCUGAUGAAGGAACAAAAAGUAGCCAAAUAUUCAAAUAGCUUUCCAAACGCUGCCAAAUUGUUUAAGGAAAUCCUCCAAAAGAUGACUUGGGAGAAGCCCACUCUGGUGAUCGAUCAUGUCCGCGUCUACGCCAUAGACAAAGAUGGAAAUUAAUUGUUUGUACAAUGC